AUGGCAUCAGAUGACAACUCGCCACAGUCCGUGUUGGACUUUGUUCCUGGAACGGUUCUCCUUGUUGACUUUGAUGGCACCUUGGAUACUCGCCAUGCUCAAGGUCAUCGGGACAUCGUUCUUGUACCAACACCUUCCGAUGAUCCCGAUGAUCCCUUGAAUUGGAGCCAAUGGAGAAAGACUCUGCUCAUGGUAACUCUAUGCGUGUACUGCCUUGCUGUUGGCAUUGCUUCGGCUGCAAUUUAUUCCGUUCUUGUUCCAAUCUCGGCUGCCACUGGCCUUACUGUCGGUGAUUUGAACUCUGGAACUGGAUACAUGUUCUUGGCCUUUGGGUGGGGUUGUCUGAUCUCGCAGCCUCUAGCACAAAAGUUCGGUAAACGACCUGUGUAUCUUUUGUCCUUACUGGGAACAACUGGAAUCAUGAUCUGGGCCCCGCAUGCAACGACAAACGGCCAAUGGAUCGCCAACAAGGUCCUCCAAGGGACAUUUGGUGCUCCGAUUGAGUCACUCUGCGAGAUUUCCGUCUCGGAUGUUUACUUUGCCCACGAAAGAGGCACCUUUAUUGCUUAUUAUGCUCUCUUCCUCGCAGGCUCAAACUUUGUUGCACCUGUCAUCUCCGGCUUCAUCAACGACGGACAAGGUUGGGAAUGGGUGCUCCACUGGUGUGCCAUCUUCAACGCAACUGCAUUCGUCAUUUGCCUGUUCUUCAUGGAGGAAACAAAGUAUAACCGAAAGGCCACCCCACUGCAUCUCAACGAUACCGUGGAUAUCAACAAACCGAAUGAACCCUCCAGCGAUGGCAAGAAAGAAGUAGAGUCACAGACUAAAUCAAAUGUCGAUGUAGCCAAUGGCAGCGUCCUCUCCUCCUCCAACACAUUCCUCGACAAAAUGAAGAUCUUCCGAAGCGAGCAUGUUCGAGGCAGCGUUCCUGUAAAGGGUAUGCUCAUCAGACCCUUCAAGUACUUCUCCUUGCCCAUUGUUGUGUUCUGUGGCUUUAUGUAUGGCGCUGUUGUUUGCUACUUCAAUGUCCUUAAUGGUACAGCUUCGAUCAUUCUCUCGGCUCCUCCAUACUCAUUUAAGCCAAGCUAUGUUGGUCUUUGCUACGUCGCCACUAUCAUUGGAGUCUUUGUUGGGUCAUUCUUCUCUGGCCCAAUCGGGGAUAGGCUCGUCCUGUACCUGACACGCCGCAACAACGGCAUCCGUGAGCCUGAGUACCGCCUCUGGCUUUAUGCUGUUCUGCUUGUACUCGUACCUGGUGGACUGCUACUCUGGGGUGUCGGAGCUGCUCACCAUAUUCACUGGUCAGGACUCUUGAUCGCCCUGGGAAUAUUAGGCGCCGCAAUCACUGCAGGCUGUCAGAUUCCCAUCAGCUACUGUAUCGACUGCUACACUGAACUUGGCUCUGACGCCAUUGUCACCAUCAUUCUGAUUCGCAACACUAUGAGCUUCGCCAUUGGCUAUGGUGUCACUCCCUGGGUUACAGGAAUGGGAUAUCAGAACGCCUUUCUGGUCGCUGCCUUUGUUACCAUGUCGCAGUUCUCUCUUGCUUUUGUAUUCAUCAAGUAUGGUAAGCAACUUCGACGAAGCAGUACUGCGAGUUACUUCAAGUAUCUCGAGCAGGUCAAGAACGACGGUCUCAUUCAUUAG